AUGGCUGAGACUGAUGAGUGGUCGGCGAACGCCACCGAGUCACUCAACAUUAGCCUGAUCGCUCCUGCUCUUGGGGCCACGAAGACGAUUGCUUCCUUUAAUCCUAGGUUCACCUACUCCAUCUUCGGCGACGAUGAGCGCAUUUUUGGAUACAAGGACCUCAAGAUCGACCUGCGCUAUCGCACCUUUGACAUGCGACCGAACGUCAAGGUGUUCUACGGCAAGAAGUUUCAGUCUGUUGGCGAGACGGAGGCUGCGGAUGUCGAUGCUAUACUGAAGGAGCACCUGCCGCUAGUCGCCUUCCAGUCUGCACGCGAAUUUAACUCGGGUGCCCAGAGCCAACCUGACGGCUGGACCCCUCCUGGCGCCCUCCAUUCUAGCUUUGAGGCCCAGGAUGGUACAUACGAGGUAUGGAAGGGUAGCCUCGCGGACCCUGCUGUUCGCCAGAUCGUCACCCGCGUCGAGGCUCUCGUUCCCAUGUUCAUUGAGGGAGGUUCAUACAUCUCUCGCGAGACAAACAACGAAGAGGACCCCUGGAAGGUCCCCGAGGACGCCAACAGGUGGACUGUCUUCUUCCUCUAUCGCAAACAAGCGUCGGCAGAGAUGAGCGACAAGCCCUCAUACACCUUCGUCGGCUACGCGACUGUCUACCGCUUCUUUUGCUUCCGCCCGCCGACCCCUCCUUCAUCCGAAUGGGAUCUGCCAAAGGAGGAGUUUGACCUGCUUGAGGAGCUGCCCUGCCGCUCGCGGCUUUCCCAGUUCCUUGUCCUGCCGCCCUUCCAGGGCAAGGGCAUUGGUGCUCGUCUGUAUAAAACCAUCUUUGAGCAUUACUACAACAAACCGCAGACCUUAGAGCUGACCGUAGAGGAUCCCAACGAGGCCUUUGACGACAUGCGCGACCUGGCCGACCUGACGUUCCUGCGAUCGCUGCCGGAGUUCGGCAACGUCAAGAUCAACACCAGCAUCGCCCUCCCCAAACCUCCCAGCGGCACCGUCCCCAAGGAUCUGGUCGACCAAGAGCUUCUUGGAACACUGCGCCAGAAGACAAAGAUUGUAGAGCGUCAGUUUAAGCGCCUGGUCGAGAUGCAGACCAUGUCUCAGCUGCCCGCGUCUGUGAAGGUUGGAUUUGGCGAGGAGCAGAGGGCCAGGCCGACAAAAGAGGAGAGCCAUCACUACCGCCUGUGGCAACUGUUCGUCAAGCAGCGCCUGUACCGUCAGAAUGCCGACGUUCUUGGCCAGUUGGACCAGUCGGAGCGUUUGGAGAAGCUUAACGAGGCCCUGAGCAGCGUCGAGCUUGAGUACGCCAGACUGCUCGACUGGCACGCUCGCUGGGAGAAGAACGUGGCGGCUGCCUCUGCUGCCGGCGCCGAGGGCACUGGCAGCAAGCGCAAGUCGGUAGACAGCGCCGAGGACCAGGGUGCGAGCAAAAAAGUCCGUAUCGAGGAUGCCUAG